CAAAGACUCAAUUCUCAAAUUCAAAGAGAAAAAAUUCAACGAAACGAGCAUCGGGAGAAAAGCAGGAGUUUCGACCUUAGUCUUCCUUCAAUGGUAGAUAAUAGAGAAUCCACUUCCGUUCCGAUGAUCGAAUCUGAUCCCGACGAUGAUACUCCGAAGUCCCCUCCAACUUCUCCCAAUUCAUCCACUCGCAAGGCUUGCUAUGCUGUUCUCCAGAGUUGGGUCUCAAAGAAGUUCAUGACUGGAUGUGUGGUUCUGUUUCCUGUUGCCAUUACAUUCUUCACCACAUGGUGGUUUAUCACAUUUGUCGAUAGCUUCUUUAGCCCGUUAUAUGCCAGACUUGGAAUAAACAUAUUUGGUCUUGGAUUUGUUUCGUCGUUGAUAUUUAUACUUUUUGUUGGUUUAUUUGCUUCGUCGUGGACGGGUUCCACUGUUUUUUGGCUAGGAGAAUGGUUCAUAAAAAAGAUGCCCUUUGUAAAGCACAUUUAUUCAGCUUCCAAACAAAUUAGUGCAGCCAUUUCUCCAGACCAAAGUACCACAGCAUUCAAGGAAGUAGCCAUUAUACGGCAUCCUAGAAUUGGUGAAUAUGCAAUUGGUUUUAUUACCUCAUCCGUUGUCCUUCAGAUGAAUGGAUAUGAAGAGUUAUGCAGUGUUUAUGUUCCCACGAAUCAUCUAUAUAUCGGUGACGUUUUUCUUAUUAAUUCUGAAGAUAUCAUACGACCAAAUUUAUCGAUCCGAGAAGCCAUAGAAAUCAUUGUUUCAGUAGGAAUGACAAUGCCACAGGUGAUAUCUCCUGUUGAAAGACAAAGGAUUCCACGUCAAAAUAAUAUGAUCCCGUUGAAUAGAAUGGCUUCCAUUUGAAAGCUUACACGGUAUGAUUUAUAGCAUUUACUGACUAAUCUUAAUCUUAACUUGUAACUCUGCACAUAACUUAACUUCUUACGUUAGAGGAUCUUCGAAACUCGGUAUGUAAAUUCAAUAAAUCAGUCUAAUCUACUGUAUACGGAACAGAAAACAUCCAAUCUUGUCAGUUCUUUGCUGUUCAUUUGAUGCCUAAAUAAAUUACACAAAGAAUAGAGUCAUUGGCUUUCA